AUGUUGCCACAGAAGCGAGCCCUCGGCGAGGCACCGCACGCCCGCCGAAUUAUUCCCUCGACUCCCUCGUCGAAGAAGAGACGCCUGGAGCCACUGUCAUCUUCCCCUGCCUCGCGUCUCAACAGCUCCCAGAAAGGACCUUCCUUCAAACUUGGGUCCACUCAGCCAAAGAGUGCCUUUGAGUCGGAGGUUUUGGAGAAGCUCAGCCAGGAUAUCUCCGACCUAAAGCAGAGCAACUCGGAGAAGGACCAAGCAUGGGAGCGCCCACCCGUCGUCAACUUUGACCCGCAACGAGACAACUUGACUUUCCAGCAGAUUGAUGCAGAAGAAGGAACUCUACAUGGCGGAGGGGCGACGGUGAAGCUUUUCGGUGUCACUGAAAAUGGCCACUCCGUUAUGUUGCACGUAACCGACUUCAAACACUACCUUUACGUUGCCGCCCCAGUCUCAUUCCGACCCGAGGACUGCGUGCCAUUCAAAGCAUUUCUCGAAGCACAAAUAGCCCAGCAUCAGCCAGCAAUCCAUGCUUGCCAGCUGGUUCUCAGGGAGAACAUCUACGGUUUCCAGGGGAACACACAGAGCCCCUACAUCAAAGUCGUUGUAACCGACCCGAAAUUCAUCAACCGAGUACGGACAACCAUAGAGAAAGGCGAUGCGAAUUGGAAGGGCCUGUGGAAAGGUGUCGAGGGGGGUAUUAUGACUUUCGACAGUCUACAAUAUGUCUUACGUUUCAUGGUGGACUGCAAGAUGCCUGGCAUGUCAUGGGUCGAAUGUCCUGCCAAGCAAUACAGACUCCUUCGAGACGCAGAUAAACAGUCCAACUGCCAGAUCGAGGCUGAGAUUCCAUAUACGCACCUGGUCUGCCACGAGCCAAAGGGGGAAUGGUCGAAGAUGGCGCCUCUGCGAAUUCUGUCAUUCGAUAUUGAGUGUGCUGGUCGCAAGGGUAUUUUCCCUGAGGCAAACCAGGAUCCUGUCAUCCAGAUUGCCAACGUCGUUACGCGCUAUGGAGAGAGCAAGCCCUUUAUUCGCAAUGUCUUCUGUCUAGACACCACUAGCUCUAUUGUCGCAACUCAAAUCUUGGACUUUGGGCAAGAGAAGGAUAUGUUGAUGGCGUGGAAGAAAUUCCUCGACAAAGUAGAUCCGGAUCUAAUCACAGGUUACAACAUCUCCAACUUCGAUUUUCCAUACUUACUGGACCGUGCGAAACAUCUGAAGCUCAACGGGUUUGAAUACUGGACUAGAUUGCCGAGUGUCAAGUCGGUUUCGAAAGAGACCAACUUCUCCAGCAAGCAGAUGGGCAAUCGUGACACGAAAGCUACAAAUACCAACGGGCGGCUACAACUUGAUCUUCUGCAGUUGAUUCAACGCGAUCACCAGUUGCGAAGUUACACGUUAAACUCUGUGUGUUCCCAUUUUCUUGGGGAGCAAAAGGAGGAUGUUCACUACACCAUGAUCACGGAGCUCUUCAACGGUACGCCUGAAUCGAGGAGACGGUUGGCGCUGUACUGCUUGAAGGAUGCUUACCUACCACAACGACUGAUGGACAAGCUCUCUUGUCUAGCCAACUACACAGAAAUGGCAAGAGUCACGGGUGUGCCGUUCAACUUUCUUCUGUCACGUGGACAACAAAUCAAGUUUCUGAGUCAACUGUUUCGAAAGGCGCUGGAGCAGAAACUGGUAAUCCCGAACCUCAAGUCAGACGCCGAUGCUGGGGACCAAUACGAGGGUGCCACCGUCAUUGAGCCCACUCGGGGGUACUACGAUGUCCCCAUCGCAACCCUCGAUUUCGCCUCGCUAUAUCCCAGCAUCAUGCAAGCUCACAACCUCUGCUACACCACGCUGCUGAACAAGCGAGCGGCCGAAAAGUUCGGCUUGACCAAGGAUGAGGACUACAUCGUUACGCCAAACGGCGAUAUGUUCGUAACGGUCAAACACAGGAAGGGGCUUCUGGCUCAAAUUCUCGAGGAACUGCUCACGGCCAGAAAGCAAGCCAAGAGGGAGCUGGCCGUGGAAACAGACCCCUUCAAGAAGGCCGUGCUGAACGGCCGUCAACUUGCGUUGAAAAUUAGCGCCAACUCUGUGUACGGUCUGACAGGCGCAACGACAGGCAAGCUCCCCUGUCUCGAAAUCGCCAGUAGUACGACGAGUUACGGUCGUCAAAUGAUUGAGAAGACAAAGGACGAAGUCGAGAAGAAGUACUGCAUCGCGAACGGCUACUCGCACGACGCGCAGGUCAUCUAUGGUGACACAGAUUCCGUCAUGGUAAAGUUUGGGAUGAAGGACCUAGGAGAGGCUAUGAAACUGGGCGAGGAAGCUGCUCAAUUCGUUUCGUCCAAAUUCACGAGGCCCAUUAAGCUGGAAUUUGAGAAAUGCUACUUCCCGUAUCUACUUAUCAACAAGAAACGUUAUGCUGGUCUGUAUUGGACCAAGCCGGAGAAGUUCGACAAAAUGGACACGAAGGGCAUUGAGACGGUACGAAGAGACAAUUGUCUACUCGUUCAGACCGUCAUCGAGAAAGUUCUGAGAAUGAUUCUCAUUGUUCAGGACGUCCAAGGAGCACAAGAUUAUGUCAAAGACACGAUUGCAGAACUCCUGCAAAAUAAGGUUGACAUGUCGAAGCUAGUCAUCACGAAAGCGCUCACCAAAGAACAUUACGAUGGCAAGCAGGCCCACGUUGAGCUUGCCGAGCGUAUGAGGAAGCGCGAUCCAGGCUCGGCUCCUGGCCUUGGCGAUCGAGUAGCCUAUGUUAUGAUCAAAGGCGCAGCAGGAGCCAAGAACUACGAGAAAUCCGAAGACCCGAUCUUCGUCCUCGAGAACAACGUCCCCAUUGACACGCGGUACUACUUGGAUAACCAGCUGGCCAAGCCACUUACGCGUAUUUUCGAGCCCAUCCUAGGAGAGACUAAAGCAAAGUCGUUGCUGACCGGCGACCAUACUCGUUCUAUUUCCGUUGCUGCGCCCACGGUUGGAGGGUUGAUGAAGUUCGCCAAGAAGACCAUGACCUGCAUGGGCUGCAAGAAGCCACUUGUUGGAAAAGAGGAGAGUGCCGGUGCCGUCUGCUCCAACUGCGCGCCACGAGUAGGCGAGCUGUACAACAAAACCUUAAGCAGAUCAUCGGACCUCGAGAUCAGGUUCGGAAGACUAUGGACUCAGUGUCAACGCUGUCAGGGAAGCAUGCACAACGAAGUCAUUUGCAGUAGCAAGGACUGUCCUAUCUUUUAUAUGCGCAUGAAGGCGAAGAAAGAUCUGGAGGAUGCAGGUAAGGAGCUGAAGAGAUUCGAUUUUGACCAGGCUGCCAUAUGGUAA